CUCUGAUUGUGAGGCUUACCCAGCAGUUGGCUGAAUGCUUACAGGAAAAUAGGUGAUUACGGGGGUAAAAAUGACAGAAAGGAGCAAAGAGUAGAGGUUUGUGACCAUGGCCUGAAUGGAUGGGACAUUUAAUGGAGUGAUUUCAGGGGCUGUCUGAAAGCAGAGGGUGUUCCUGUUAGCAUCUCACAGAAUGUGUGAACAGAGGCAGGACAAGGAUGCAGUGAAGCCCUUUAACACCAAGCUGCAGGAACUGAGUGCAAGAAAUCCCAACCAAGAGGGAAAAGCAAAGCCAUACAGAUGAGGGACUCUUUGAAACUCACUUAUUGACUUUGCUACUUUGACUCAAGGAUGGACAACGAUGAUAAGAAACCAAAUACCUUUGUGUCCACCUUCCGGUUGGCCCUCAAGCCUCAGGGUCGGUCGCGCUGCGUGGGGAAGCAGACAGAGAAUGGACAAAAUACAACUCCCAAGAUAUUAAAAGGAAACAAGCUGGAAGUCUCAUCUGCAACAGAUUCCAAACAGGGAAGAGUUCAGACUGUGGAGGCACCUUGCUUUAAAGAGCAACUCAGAGACUGCACAGUUUGUGAUGGAGGUGACACCACAUUUCGAGGUGUUCUCACAGGAAGCCAACCUCUGAGUGUUUCCUGGCUGCACAACGGUGAGAAGGUGAAUUCAAGUAAAGUGUCCUUUAAAAAUGGUGUUGCCUGUCUGGGCCUGACUGAGUGUGCUCCUGGAAAUAGUGGCGUGUACACCUGCGUGGCUGAAAACUCUGCAGGAAAGAAGUCAAGCAGCGCCGUGUUACAAAUCACAGCGCUGACAAAGGAAAUCCCCAGAACCAGAAACCACGAGCUGCACAGUGAGGUCACGGUCAAGACUGCGUCGAGGGAAAAAACUGACCUGUCCUCUGCUUUUGAAGGGGAACGCCAGCACAGGGAGCAAAAUGAUAAAGGGCCUCCUGUGGAGUUUCUAGACCCACCAGAGAAGGUGGAGAUCCGUGUGAGUGAGCAGGCGCAGCUGCAGUGUGAGUUCAGGAGCAGUUCUCUCCCUGUGGCCUGCUGCUGGAUUUAUAACAAAGUCAAGCCGGUGACGGGAGGCCCCCGGACAUCAGUCAGGAGUACAGGGACGCAGACCAGCGUGGAGAUAUCGCAGGCUGACUCUGACGACACAGGCUUGUACACUGUCAUCGUACGAAACCGAGCCGGCUCUGCUCAGCACACAGUGUCCCUCAGCGUCAUAGACCGGCCCUCUCCACCAGCAUCCCAACCUGCGGUUUCCCAACUAUCCAGUCAAUCCCUGGUCCUGUCCUGGUCCGGUCCCAGUUACGACGGAGGCACGGCUGUCUUGGGUUACGUUGUGGAGGUCAGUCAAGACGAGGAAGACAAAUCUGAGAGCUGGACUGAAAUAAGCCGGUGUAAGAACACUUCGUAUCACAUCCGCUCAGGCCUGGAGCCUCUGGGCAGGUACCGCUUUCGUGUGAGAGCUUAUAAUUCUGCAGGGAUCAGCGAACCGAGCCACGAGUCUGGGUUUGUCAAAAUGGAAACUGCAAAGGAAAAUAAAGUGGAGCCAGACACGUCAGUCAUAGUGACCAUCGACACCAGACACAAAGUCAAAGACCACUAUGAUGUGCACGAAAAGCUGGGAGUUGGCAAGUUCGGCCAGGUGUUUCGACUGAGCCACCGAGAGACUGGUCAGGUGUGUGCAGGCAAGUUCUACCGAGCCCGGACCUCUAAGGAGAAAUCAGCGGCCCGCAAAGAGAUUCAAAUAAUGAACAAGCUUCACCACCCAAAACUUGUCCAGUGUCUGGCCGCCUACGAUACUCGCUCGGAGAUGGUCAUGGUCAUGGAGUAUAUUGCAGGUGGGGAGCUCUUUGAACGCAUUGUAGAUGACAACUUUGAGCACACAGAGCCCACCUGUGCUCGCUACAUGCAGCAGAUCCUGGAGGGGAUGCAGUAUGUCCACAAGCAGAACAUCGUCCACCUCGACCUCAAACCAGAGAACAUCGUCUGUGUGGAUACAACUGGCACACGGCUCAAGAUCAUUGACUUUGGCUUAGCCAGUGAACUGGAGGAGGGUAAACCGUUGAUGGUGAUGCACGGCACGCCAGAGUUUGUGGCCCCGGAAGUGAUCAACUAUGAGCCUGUGGGUCUGGAGACUGACAUGUGGAGCAUUGGAGUCAUCUGCUUCAUCUUACUCAGUGGCGAGUCCCCCUUCCAGGGAGACAACGAUGCAGAGACUUUAGCUCAUGUGACUGCUGCUCGCUUUGAGUUUGACCCGGAGGGUUUUGAAGACAUCUCUGAUGAAGCUAAAGACUUUAUCAGCUCCCUGCUGAAGAAGGACCUGAGAGCUAGGCUGUCCUGUACUGAAGCCCUUUCCCACCGCUGGAUGGCCUCCUUUACCCCUCUGAACCGCAGGCCCACCAAGUCCCUAAAUAAGCGGAAAAUGAAACGCUUUCUGGCCAGACGCAAGUGGAAGAAAACUGGCCAAGCUGUUUUGGCCUUGCAGCGAAUGGCCAACCUCUCCUGCAGGCCGGACUCUCCUGGCAGCUCUUCAGAGGAGCCAGGCUGGAGCCAGGAGGCAGAGGAGGCCAUCAAGUCGCUGGACAAGCAGCUGCAGACUGAACCUCGCUUUCAGCAGACUUUGAAGGACGUGACUCUUCCCAUCGGUGCCACUGCUCAGCUGACAUGCCUCGUUGAUGGUUACCCACAGCCGGAGGUGAAAUGGCUUCAGAAUGAUGAGCCGGUGUCCAAAUCAUGCAGAGUGACCACGGAGCAGCAUGGCGAUGGGCUCUGUUCCCUGGUUCUGACUGAUCUGAAGCCCUCUGACUCUGGGGUUUAUGCGUGCCGAGCCAAAAACAAGCUGGGGGAAGCGAUGAGCUCUGCCAAACUGAAAGUAGAGCUUUAACUGGGAUGUGAUGGACUGGCACCCUGGCGAGGGUCCAUCUCUGACUUUUAUCCGAAGGCAGCUGGGAUUGGCUCCAGGCAUGGAUGGAUAGAUAGAUGGAGGGAGGAGGGGGGGUGUUUGUUUUUUGUUUUUCCCCCACAUUGUCAGCACAUGAUGCACCAUUAUUCACCAGCACGCAAAUGCCUGUCUGCAUGCACACUUUUCAAGGGAAACUGUUCUCUAGGGACAUGUUAAACGUCCCACCCACAACCUUUCAUUUCACACAUUGAGUCGAUUAAUAGUGCACUCACUGUAUUUGUAUCGUGGCUGGCCUGUUCAGCUACUUUAACACAUGGUGGUAGAACCUGCUGUGCCUGGAGUUUCCCCUUACAAGGUGCAUGAAAACUGUACAUUGAUAGCAUGAACAUGUAUUAUUAAAGGCUGCAUUUUUAAAGAGAAA